CAGAGAUUUUGGGUAAGCCAAUCUACAGAGUACCUUCCGUCGGCAGACAGAGUUUAACCAAUUCCUCGAGUCUGGAGCGCAUCCGCUCGAACUUCUCAAGAUGGUGGGCGUCGUACGGCGGAUGAAUCAGUUGAAAUCACAGCUUGUGCGGAUAAGAAUAGGUCCCGGCGCAGCAGUCCUCCCAAACGAUGUGACGAGGAUACAUUUAGAAUUCGCCAAAAAGAUCAAUGGCGGGCACAUGGGGCCAAGGAAAUUUUGGCGUGAAGCGCUCCCACGGUUAAAGUACUGGAACCCGGCCAUUCCCAUGAUCGUCAACCGGACGGAGGACCAAGAGGGACCCGCGAAGAUGACGCUGUACUUUCGCGAGGCCGGUGCAACGCUCCGAUCAGAUAUUCCGCAACCCAGUUCGUCAACAGAAGGCUUUGCAAAAGCACCCGCGCCGGUCGAGGGCGAGCGCGCUGUCACCAUCGAGAUGAAGGGGCGGCGAUCCGAAGCCAUUCUGAAGGAGUUCAUGGAUAAGACGGGCGCCAUGGAGGUGCAACCCACCCCCCAGGACGAGAUGCAGUUGCAAGAGGCCGAGGAGCUCGAGGCGAGGAGCAAGAUCGACCGGGAACGGGUCAGGGCCUUGAUUGAGGGUCGGAAGAGAGAGAAGGCUAUGCUCGCUGCAGCACACGCUGAAUCGGCUGCCCUCAAAGCCGAGGCAUGAGCUGAGUGGUCUGCCUGGGCAGGCGUUUUGCUACUUAGAAGGGACAGGAGCCGUUGUGUAUACCAAUUGUACAGUAUUGCCCCUGAUCCAUUUUCUGGUGACUGCUCCGUGACCGUGGGACGUCCCGCAGCGGUACCGUAGCCUCCAAUGCCCUUCCUGAUGGUUCAACUUCCCAAUCGGGAACGAACCAGGCUGUACUAGCCCUUCGCAAAUCUUGAAGCGCAGUCUCAAACUACACGGUAUCGAGACUCUACUUCCGCCUCGUAUUGGUAUCCAGGUUUCAGGGACUCUGGGAUUUAGCAUGGAAGGCUGAUCAUAUACUUAGAUAUUGCAAUGUUCCUCUUCUCCUUCACCUCAUAUCGAGAAUAAUGUGCCUCACAUCUGCGAUUGU